AUGACUCCUAAAACACGGUCACUUAUUAAUAACAAGAGUCCCAUUGAUAUUGAACCUUAUAAAAGUAAAUUUUUUACAAGUGUCUAUAGUUCCGAAGAAUCUUCAAUAGAAGGUUUAAAACAAAAAAGUAUUAAUGAAACUACUACAGAAGAUGAAAGUGAGGAAGAAUUAAAACUAAGUUCAAGAGGUCUUGUUCAAAUUGUAGGUUCAUUGGAUAUAUCGUUGUUGGAUAAUGACGCUCCUUUAUUAUUCAAUAAUCAAGUCGAUGAGUUUGACGUUACUUUAGAUCCUCCCUCUAACUCGCUACAAUUAACAACACGUAACGUUCGUAAAUAUGAUGAUCCAUUGGAAAAUAAAAGACGUCAAGGAAGACUGCUAUUGGUAUCAUUACUAGAAAACUUUUGUUUAUUAUAUGAUACAAAUCCAGAAAGAAAUCAUGAACUAUUUUAUCUUAUAUGUAAAAAUUUAAGUACUAUGGGUAUAAUUGAAGAAGAGCACAUUGAUGAGAUGUCUACCGUUCGCUCCUCUUAUCAACGUGCUUUCAAAGCUUUGGUCAUACAAGCUCUUAAUUCAAUUAAACAAGAACGUUUAAUGAAGGAAUCUCGUUUACUUAUGCCUUCUUGUCCAGAAACUGAUUUAGAUAAGCCCGAUAGACAUUCUCCUCAUGAUAAUAAACUUCCUUAUUCUGCAAAAACAAAAAAAGAUAACUCAAACUCAAAAGUUUUAAAAAAUCUUUCGUUCGGUGAUAUUUUGGACCUUGAGAAUAGUCGUUACUCCAAUGAUUUCAUUGAACUUAAAUUAUUAGGUAAAGGUGGAUUUGCAAGUGCUAAAAAUAAAUUAGAUGGUAGAGAAUAUGCCAUUAAAAAAAUCAGAUUAAGAGGUGAUAAAAUUCCUGAAGAAAAAGAAAAGAUAUUUCGUGAGAUUAAAAUCCUUGCAAGAUUAGAACAUACAAAUGUUGUGCGUUAUUAUAGUUCAUGGCUCGAACAUAUCAGUAGUAAACAACGUAGUAACGAAGAUGAGACAUCAUUAUUGUUAAAUUCCGAAGAAAAUUCUUCGCGUGUUGAAAGUUCAAAUGGAUAUCAUUCUGAUAACGAGUCUAGUAUCAAUUCAAACCAAGAUACCGAUAAAAUAAGUCAUUCUCAUAUUCCAAAAGAUGUUGAAUCUUUGAAUCUUGAGAAAGAUUGGGUGCUUUUCAUUCAAAUGCAGUUAUGUAAUAGUACAUUGCGCGAUUAUUUAAAAAAACGUGAUUCCAAUAUAUUGGCGCCAACAACUGAUCUGUUAAGCUCCGUUGAUCAUAACAUCAUAAUCGAUUUAUUUAGAGGCAUAGUACGUGGGGUUGCAUACAUUCACGAUCAAGGGUUGAUUCAUCGAGAUCUCAAACCCGGAAACAUAUUUAUUGGUGGCCUUGCAGAUGGUGGGCAAGAUAAUUUGGUUGUUGCCAAUAAUUUAUUAUCUUUUUCUAAUGAACGAGUAGUACCAAAAAUCGGCGAUUUUGGAUUAGUAACUGCAGUAGAUGGCGAUCACACCUACUCAACAAUUGAUAAUUCAAUAAAUAGAGGAUUAAAAGGAUGCUACGCUUCACCUGAACAACUUGCAAGGCCCCCACAACCUUACAAUGAAAAGGUUGACAUCUAUUCAUUAGGAAUCAUAUUCUUUGAAUUGCAUUUUUCAUUUUCCACAGGGCAUGAACGUGCUCAAGUUAUUAAAAAUCUAAGAAAUGGAAUAUUACCUAAAGGGUUUGUUAAAAGAUUCCCAAAAGAGGCAGCAUUCAUUUUAUGGAUGAUGGCAGAAGAUCCCGAUAAGAGACCAAGUGCAAAACAAAUUCUAGAUUUUGAAUUAUUGUCAGAUUCAAAUCAAGAAGAGCAUUCUAAAAUACAACUUAGACUUGUUGAAAGUACACAUAAAUUAGAAAUGGUAACACAAGAAAAUGAAAUUUUAAAGAAAAAAGUUGCAGAAUUAGAAGAAAAAUUAAAAAAAUAUGAAAAUCUCAUUACUUAUAAUACAAAAGGUGCUUCAUAG